AUUCCUUUGCUGUUGCUGGUACUGAUAGCAGUGCUGCUCAUUUCAUCGCCACUGUGCAGCUUUGCACUUUAGGCAUUUCAUGUUUAGCUUUUUCAAGUCAUUCUAACAGUCAGAUGUGUUACUUUGGUGUGGACGGACGUGUUUGUUCCAAGUGGUGAGACAAUAAAUUGUGCAGCAAUAACAACAACGACACAGGGUAACUGCAGUGCUGUGAAGUUUAAAUAGUGAUAGUUACAUAUACACAUACGUACAUUCAUUUGAACGUGUAUAUAUGCAUUAUUUGAAUGCGUAACACAUGCAAAUUCGUCGAAGAGGAUAAGUGAAGAAUAAAAUUCUAAUAUAUAUUUUAUUUGAAUAUACAUACACAACGAAGGAUACACGAAAAAGCAGCAAGAGUAGCGAAAGGAAACACAUAUCUGUGCCGAAAGUCAAUAGAAAACGCAACUUCGGAUACCAGCUUUAUAUAGCAAAACAAAUAUUUUUAGCUAUCAACACUAGCCAAAAACCUCAAAAUGUUCAUACCGGUUGCACAGUCCGCCUUUAAGGCUUUAAGACAAUCUUCACCGCGUGUUCGUGUUUUUCUUAUUAACAGAAAUGCCUACUCUACUCAGGUUGAAUAUAAGCCAAUACGUUCGGUGCUGGUUGCCAAUCGCGGUGAGAUCGCCAUUCGUGUCUUCCGUGCUUGUACAGAAUUGGGUAUCAAAUCGGUGGCCAUCUACUCCGAACAAGACAAAAUGCAUAUGCACCGUCAAAAAGCUGAUGAAUCGUAUAUUGUCGGUAAGGGUUUGCCACCGGUUGAAGCUUACCUGAACAUUCCAGAGAUUAUACGUGUAUGCAAAGAGAAUGAUGUGGAUGCUGUGCAUCCUGGUUAUGGUUUCCUUUCGGAACGAAGUGAUUUUGCACAGGCUGUCAUUGAUGCUGGCCUGCGUUUCAUUGGUCCCUCACCGAAAGUGGUGCAACAAAUGGGUGAUAAAGUAGCUGCACGUAUUGCUGCAAUAGAGGCUGGUGUACCGAUUGUGCCCGGUACAGAUGGACCCGUCACUACAAAAGAAGAGGCUGUGGAAUUCUGCAAGAAACAUGGUUUGCCAGUAAUCUUUAAGGCCGCUUAUGGUGGCGGUGGACGUGGUAUGCGUGUUGUACGCAAAAUGGAUGAAGUCGAAGAAAUGUUUGAGCGUGCCAGUUCAGAGGCAAAGGCCGCUUUUGGUAAUGGUGCUAUGUUUAUUGAAAAGUUCAUCGAACGACCACGUCAUAUUGAAGUGCAAUUGCUUGGUGACAAGGCUGGCAAUGUGGUGCAUUUGUUUGAACGUGACUGCUCGGUGCAACGUCGUCACCAAAAGGUGGUUGAGAUAGCGCCUGCACCACGACUACCCCAAGAGAUACGCGACAAGAUGACUGAGGCUGCAGUACGUCUAGCCAAGCAUGUAGGUUACGAAAACGCCGGUACAGUAGAGUUCCUAUGUGACGAGACGGGUAAUUUUUACUUCAUUGAGGUGAAUGCCAGGUUACAAGUGGAGCACACUGUCACCGAGGAGAUCACUGGCAUUGAUCUAGUGCAAUCGCAAAUACGUGUUGCCGAAGGUAUGACUCUACCGGAACUCGGCUAUACACAGGAAAAUAUACAACCACGUGGUUAUGCCAUUCAAUGUCGUGUCACCACUGAAGAUCCCGCCAAUGACUUCCAACCCAGCACCGGUCGUCUGGAGGUAUUCCGUUCGGGUGAAGGUAUGGGUAUACGUGUGGAUAGUGCUUCCGGUUUUGCAGGUGCCAUCAUCUCACCCUACUACGAUUCGUUGCUCGUCAAAAUUAUUUCCCAUGCUAGUGAUUUGCAGAGCUCGGCAGCUAAAAUGAAUCGUGCACUUCGUGAAUUCCGUAUACGUGGUGUAAAAACUAAUAUACCGUUCUUGUUGAAUGUCUUGGAAAAUCAAAAGUUCUUACACGGUGUUUUAGACACCUACUUUAUUGAUGAACAUCCACAGCUCUUCAAAUUCCGUCUCUCACAAAAUCGUGCACAGAAACUGCUUAACUACAUUGGUGAAGUGCUUGUGAAUGGUCCACAAACACCAUUGGCAACCGGUUUGAAACCCGCUGAUAUUACCCCACAUGUGCCAGAAGUGCCUCUAGACCUGUCACCCGAGGCAAUAAGCCGUGAAGAGCGCGGAGAAGCCAAAGUCACCGAACCACCAAAAGGACUACGACAUAUACUCAAAACACAAGGUCCCGAAGCUUUCGCAAAAGAAGUACGCAGCCGUAAGAACCUUAUGUUGAUGGACACGUCAUUCCGUGAUGCCCAUCAAUCGCUGUUGGCGACACGUGUCCGUUCCCAUGAUCUGCUUAAGAUCUCACCAUAUGUCGCACACAAAUUUAAUAAUCUCUAUUCGUUGGAGAAUUGGGGUGGUGCCACCUUCGAUGUAGCAUUGCGUUUUCUACAUGAAUGCCCGUGGGAACGUUUGGAGGAAAUGCGUAAACGUAUACCAAAUAUUCCAUUCCAGAUGUUGUUGCGUGGUGCCAACGCUGUUGGUUAUACCAGUUAUCCUGAUAAUGUCGUGCAUAAAUUCUGUGAAUUGGCGGUACAAACUGGCAUGGAUAUUUUCCGUGUCUUCGAUUCACUAAAUUAUUUACCCAACUUGAUUUUGGGUAUGGAAGCUGCCGGCAAGGCCGGUGGUGUCGUUGAGGCUGCGAUUUCCUAUACCGGCGAUGUAAGCGAUCCCGCACGUACUAAAUAUGAUCUCAAGUACUACACCAACUUGGCCGAUGAACUAGUGAAGGCCGGCACACACGUACUUUGCAUCAAAGAUAUGGCAGGCUUAUUGAAACCACAAGCGGCAAAAUUACUUAUCACCGCAAUACGCGAUAAGCACCCCGAUAUACCAAUACACAUACACACUCACGACACUUCAGGUGCCGGUGUCGCUUCUAUGCUCGCUUGUGCCGAAGCGGGCGCUGAUGUUGUUGAUACAGCGGUAGACUCUAUGUCCGGCAUGACAUCGCAGCCCAGCAUGGGCGCUGUGGUGGCGUCGCUGCAAGGCACACCGCUCGACACACAAUUCGAUUUGCGUGAUGUUUCCGAAUAUUCAGCUUACUGGGAACAAACACGCACACUUUAUGCACCCUUCGAAUGUACCACCACCAUGAAAUCGGGCAACGCCGAUGUGUACCUCAAUGAAAUACCCGGUGGUCAAUAUACCAAUUUGCAAUUCCAAGCAUUCUCAUUGGGUCUGGGUGACUUCUUCGAAGAUGUUAAGAAAGCUUAUCGCGAAGCGAAUUUGUUAUUGGGUGACAUUAUUAAGGUGACACCAUCAUCAAAGGUUGUUGGAGAUCUGGCGCAAUUUAUGGUGCAAAACAAAUUGAAUGCCGAACAAGUGUUGGAUAAAGCUGAGGAAUUGUCAUUCCCCAAAUCGGUGGUGGAAUUCCUACAAGGUUCAAUCGGUAUACCGCAUGGUGGUUUCCCCGAACCACUACGCUCACGUGUGCUGAAGGAUAUGCCACGCGUUGAGGGACGCCCCGGUGCCAAUUUACCUGCUUUAGACUUUGAUAAACUUACGAAGGAGCUAAAAGAAUCUCAUCCCCAUAUUAGCGAACGUGAUGUUAUGUCGUCGGCGCUUUAUCCAGCUGUAACCGAAGACUUUUUGUACUUCCGUGAGAAUUAUGGACCAGUUGAUAAACUAGAUACACGCAUCUUCCUUACUGGACCCAAGGUGGGCGAAGAAUUUGAAGUUGCCAUUGAACGCGGCAAAACCUUGAGUUUGAAGACUCUGGCUAUGGCUGAAGAUCUGACGCCAAACGGCGAACGUGAGGUCUUCUUCGAGAUGAACGGUCAACUGCGUUCAGUGCUGAUACGCGAUAAGGAGGCCGUAAAGGAACUUCACAUUCAUCCUAAAGCCAACAAAUCGAACAAAAACGAAGUGGGUGCACCCAUGCCAGGUACCGUGAUCGAUAUUCGUGUGAAAGAGGGCGAUACUGUUGAAAAGGGUCAACCUUUGGUUGUGCUUUCGGCCAUGAAAAUGGAAAUGAUUGUGCAAGCACCAAAAGCGGGCAUAGUGAAGAAGCUGGAAAUCAUCAACGGCAUGAAAUUAGAAGGCGACGAUUUAAUUAUGCAGAUAGAAUAAAAGUCACGUGCCACAAACCACUGAACUACACACAAACAUACAUACAUGCUCUCAAAACUGUUGCUUAAGCCGACUGCUCAGCUAAUAUAAAUUAUAAAUGUAACUGCUGGUCGCAAGCAAAUACUGAUAUCUACUUAAAUAAAAGAAACUUUCAAGCAUAAAAUUAAUAUGAAUGUUGAAAAAUGAAAUGUUACAAUUAAUGUUGAUAUAUGUAGUAAAUCAAAGGAGGAAAUUGUUAUAUACAAGCAUGCAUACUUACAUACAUACAAAACGGGAAAACUAGAUACUUAAAUAUCUACUAUAUAUUUAUGAAUAUUUACUAAACCGGUAUACAUAUAUACAUAAUAACGGAACUUUCGGUCCAAACGAAAUCUCUCAGAGAAAACCUUGGCUGUUUAAUGCAAACAAAUGACAUUGUCAAUUUAAGAAAAAUAGUACGAGUAAAACUAAUGUGCAUACAAGAACAUACAUACAUAACACAAACAACUUCAUUUUAAAGUUUGAACUUUUGUACCUUCGUAGAGAAUUUAUAUGUACAAUAUGUAUAACAAACAUAAAACUUAAUACUGUUAUUGCUAAUUAACGCAGAAAAAGUGAAAAAGUUGUUGUAAGCAACAUUUUUUUUAUGUAUUUUAUGAGCAAACCGUUUUUACGCACAAUUUUUUUGUUCCAUUCCGACCCACUGUGCAGUUGCCUUGAAUUGUAUAUAUUUUGUUAGUAUAGAAGUGAAAAGUGCAAACAAACACAUAUAGAUAUUUUGAAAAGACAGCUCCUAACAAGCUCAGACAUACAUACAUAUGUACUUUGUUAGCAAAUGUUAAGAAAAAAGCUAGCUUUUAUUGUAAGUGAUAUAAUGGUUUCCUUACUUUUUGUAUAUGUGCGUAUAUAGUGUGUGUUAAGUUAAGAAUUACUCUAGUGAGUGACAUAUUUUUUAUAGAAAUUCUGUUGAUUAUUCGAUUGUUUUUAUUUUUGAUAUCAUGUUUCGUUUAAGUUCCAUUAAAACAAUUUAAAAUAUGUUCCAAUUUAAUAUAAUGCAAAUUAGUUUAAAUAAAAUUUAUUUCUGUAAUGUAAAACAUGUAAAAAAUAUGUAUGUAUAUGUUUAAAAUUAAAUAAAGAAAUGUUGAUAAAAAUA